AUGGCGCCAGCAGCAUCCUCCGGUGGCAAGAAGCAGAAGAAGAAGUGGUCGAAGGGAAAGGUCAAGGAUAAGGCCAACCACGCAGUUGUCCUAGAUAAAGCAACCUCAGACAAACUCAACAAGGAUGUGCAAUCAUACCGACUCGUCACUGUCGCCGUGCUCGUCGAUCGUCUGAAGAUCAACGGUUCGCUCGCCCGCAAGGCCCUCGCUGAUCUUGAGGACAGAGGUGUUAUUCGCAAAGUCGUCGCCCACUCCAAGGGAAGCAUCUACACAAGAGCUGCCGCCGGUGAAGAUUAG